GACUCCGAGCUAAUUAAGGAAAUUGUCAAACACAUUUCAGAAAAAUUAAAUGAUGGGGUUCCAAGUGAUUCUUAUGAUAAAGGGUUAGUAGGAAUUGAUUCCCGUGUCAAGGAUGCUGAAUCCUUAUUAUGCCUGGAGUCUGUGCGUGUUUUAGGAAUUUGGGGGAUGGGUGGUAUAGGAAAAACCACCAUUGCUGAAAAAUUAUUUGAUCGAUUUUCUGGUCAAUUCAAUAGGAGAUGCUUUGCUGCAAAUGUCAGGGAAAAGUUUGAAAAGUGCGGACCAGAUGCUGUACGAAAGGAAAUCCUUUUUCAAGUAUUAGGAAGGGAAACUUGUAAUUUAGGUCUGUCCACCAGGAGACGGUUGUCACGAGAAAAAGUUCUCUUUGCUCUUGAUGAUGUGAGUGAUUCAGAUCAAAUAGAACGUUCCAUGGGAAAUCCAGCUAUGUACGGUCCAGGGAGUAAAUUCAUUAUAACAAGCAGAGAUAAACAGCUGCUUAGGAACAUGGAGGCUUAGAUAUAUGAAGUUGAGAAAUUGAAUGACUGUGAAGCUUCUUGGCUUUUUGGCUUCCAUGCCUUCAAACAAGAUAAUGUAGGAAAAGAAUAUAUGGUGUUUUCAAAGAAGGCAGUUAAAUAUGCUCAAGGCAAUCCAUUAGCCAUUAAAGUUUUGGGUUCCAAUUUAUAUAGUAGAAGUGUGAAAGAAUGGGCAGAUGAAUUAGAAAAAUUGGAAGGUACAUCUGAUGAAAAAGUUCACAGAAUAUUGAGACUAAGUUAUGAUGCUCUAUCUGCACAUGACAAGGAAAUUUUUCUUGACAUAGUGUGCUUCUUCGAAGGGGAAGAUAAAGUUCGUGUUGAAAAUGUACUGGGUACCCCUGGCUCAAUAAUUGGAAUCAGUCGUCUAGCUGAUAUGUCUCUUAUUUCUAUUGCAAAUAACAAGUUACAUAUUCAUGACUUGCUGCAACAAAUGGGCAAGGAUAUUACUUGCAAGGAAAAACAGAUUGGACAACGUAGCAGACUGUGGCAUCCUAAGGAUAUAUAUUACCUGUUGACAAGAGCUGAGGCAAGAAUUAAAUACUUGGAUAUAUUUUUCAAGUUCUUUGAGAUUUUACUCUUUUUCCCUUUCUUUUGACAUUGGCAUGAAAUGCCUAUAAUAUCUAGUGUGCACCUUUUUCAUAUAUUUGAAUCUAAUUUACUCUUUGGUUGUUUUAAGCAGGGGACUGGAGCAAAUAAAGGUAUAUCGCUGGACAUGUCCAAUAUCAGAGAGUUGGAACUAAGUCCUACGGUCUUUGAGAGAACGUACAAUCUCAAGUUUCUCAAGUUCUACUGUUCAGUACUCAGUCAAAACAGAGUAAACUUCUCGGAAGGACUCAAAUUUCUUCCAGAUGAGCUAAGGUUACUGCACUGGUAUCAAUACCCUUUGAAAUAUGUGCCAUUGAGUUCAUGUGCUGAGAAUCUUGUUGAUCUUUGCUUGACUAAUAGCAAAAUUAGGGAACUUUGGAAUGGAGUUCAGGCAGUCUUCUAUACUUCUUCAUAUACUUUCAAAGUGUCUUCAAUUUGGUCCAUCUCCCUAACAUGCAUAUCUUCACAUUUUCAUGACAGCAUCUUGGAAAUUUGAAAUAUGUUAACCUCAGCUCCUCUAAGGAUCUAAUCAGAAUUCCAGACUUGUCUGGAUGCCCAAAUCUUGAGGUUCUUGAAUUGCUUACAUGUACAAGUUUGGUUGAAAUUUCCCCAUCUAUAAAAUGUUUGAGCAAACUUACUUCACUGUUGCUAACAAAUUGUGCAAGUCUGUGCGAUUUACCGAGCUUGCUUCAUUUGAAAAGUCUUGAGGUUCUUGCCGUACAGGAUUGCCCAAAAAUCAUAGAGUUUCCAGUGGUUCCAUGUGAUAUAAGGAGAUUAUAUAUGGGUGGAAAUGCAAUAGAGCAAGUGCCCUCAUCAAUUGGAGGUCUCUCUCAUCUUUUUUAUUUGGAUUUGGGUUGGUCGACGGCGCUUGAAAGUCUUCCAGACAGCAUUUGCAAUCUAAAAUCUCUCAGACAAUUUCGUAUCGGUCACUGUGGGAACCUAAAGGAACUUCCGGAGAACUUGGGGAAUUUAGAAUCUCUAGAGAGGCUUUUAGCAGAUGGCUCUGCUAUAAAAGAAUUACCAGACAGCAUUUGCAAUCUCAAAUCUCUCAGAGAAUUUUGUAUCGGUCACUGUGGGAACCUAAAGGAACUUCCGGAGAACUUGGGGAAUUUAGAAUCUCUAGAGAGGCUUUUAGCAGAUGGCUCUGCUAUAAAAGAAUUACCAGACAGCAUUUGCAAUCUCAAAUCUCUCAGAGAAUUUUGUAUCGGUCACUGUGGGAACCUAAAGGAACUUCCGGAGAACUUGGGGAAUUUAGAAUCUCUAGAGAGGCUUUUAGCAGAUGGCUCUGCUAUAAAAGAAUUACCAGACAGCAUUUGCAAUCUGAAAAAACUUGCGACAUUAUCAGUUGAGAGAUGCGUGAAUCUCCUUGGUCUGCCAGCAAACCUGGGGAAUUUAAAGUCUCUAGAGAAUCUUUAUGCCAGUGGUACUGGUAUAAAAGAAUUACCAGAAAGCAUUUGCAGUCUGCAAAAUCUUGCAGCCUUAUUUCUUGGCAAUUGUGUAAAUCUGCAGGGUCUGCCAGAAAACAUUGGUAAUUUAGAAUCUCUAAAGGUGCUUCAGGCAUAUGGUACUGGUAUAAAAGAAUUACCGGACAGCUUUGGCAAUCUGAAACAACUUACAGUGGUUGACAUUCUGACUGCGUAGUUCUGCAUGGACUGCCAGAGAGCUUUGGGAAUUUAGAAUCUUUGGGGCGUAUUACGGCAUCUGGCUCUGGUAUAAAAAGACGACCAUCUUUGACAGGGUUUCCUCUUCUAGGGGUGGCUAAUCUAGAUUUUUGUGGCCUGCUAGAAUUUCCUAGCACUCUUUGCCAUAUAGUGUCAUUGAAAGAAUUGUACAUUGGUGGAAAUAAUUUCGAGACAAUACCAGAUACCAUCAAAAAACUUUCAAGACUAGUUCAACUUGAAUUAAGUGAUUGCAUGAGACUAAAAUAUUUGCCAGAGCUUCCAUCUCUCAGCAUAUUAUCUGCAAAUAAUUGCACUUGUCUUGAAUCAGCAUCCUGUUUAUUCCAACUCCAGAGUAUUAAAGCUUUACAAUUUGGCAACUGCAUCAAUUUGGAUGGGGAUGAAUGUAGUAAAAUUGUGGACCAUUUAUUGGCAACUUCUUGGCAGAGGGAAGUGGCGUUAUGUUUCCCUGGAAGUGAAGUGCCACAAUGGAUCAAGUAUCAGAAUGACUCUGGAUCUUCUUUCUUUUUGUCAUUUAGACAACUGGAGCUGGUGAAAUCUACCUGUUUCACAUUUUGUGCUGUUUUUGAUCCCAAAGUUUGUCAUCCUUAUCAUUUCCAAAGAAUUGGAUGCACAGUCCAUUUCAUAAACGAGUCUGGACAUAGCCAAUAUCAAUUUGAUCACUAUUGGGAUGAAAAGAA